GCAACGGCACGGGCUCCUGGGUCUCUUUGAGGAGGCCGAAGGGCCUGGGGGUUUGAUUUUGGCGGGGAAGAGGUUCCCAGGAAAUCGAUACUGUAUCGCAUGGAGAUGAAUCAUUUGUGCUUGAGAGCCACAGAACCCGGGACAGAUCUCCUGUGGGGAGCCCUGUAAACCAGCCAUCCGGUCCCGUCACUCUCACCCCGCUUUACCUUCAGACUCAACUCUAGCUAUGGCUUUCAGGAGGCAAGUGAAAAACUUUGUGAAAAAUUACUCAGAGGCUGAAAUAAAAGUCAGGGAAGCAACUUCCAACGAGCCCUGGGGUCCCUCCAGCUCGCUGAUGCUAGCCAUCAGUGACAUGACUUUCAACACGGCCUCCCUCUCUGAGAUCAUGCACAUGAUGUGGCAACGACUGGGUGAUCAUGGGAAGAACUGGCGCCAUGUGUACAAAUGCCUCUCCCUGAUGGACUACCUCAUCAAGAACGGCUCCAAGAAAGUUAUUCAGUGUUGCAGAGAAGGGUUGUGCAACCUUCAAAUGCUAAAAGAUUUCCAACACAUAGACGAAGCUGGAAAAGACCAAGGUCGCUAUAUCCGGGAGAAGUCUAAACAAGUCAUAACUCUGCUGAUGGAUGAGCAGCUGCUUUUUAAAGAGAGGGAAGUGGCGAGCUGGACGAGACAGCGGACCUCCUACUGCAUGAUGUUUCCCACCAGGUUACCUGCCACAGGGACCUCGCCUGCAGCAUGUGCUUCUGUCCUCAUCCCGGAAAGCCUUCCCUCUGAGAAGAAGCAUUCGCUCCUGACAAUUGCGAGUCUACGUAAUAAAAAAAACACCUCCAAGGCAAGGCUGAGGCUGGAGCAGUGCCAGGAUGUCCCCUCGCCUGCUGGACCCUCCCUGUUCAAGGACUCUCCUCCGCUCAGGAUGAAGACAUGGAAAUCAACAGAGGACCUAACAUUAUUGCAUGACGAGUGUCCGAAGCAACUUUUGCCUGCGAUACCUCCUUCCAUUACCUCUCCUACUUCCUGGAUGUCAGAAGAGGAAGCGGAAGUCUGCAACCUCUGGGAUGCAGAUGCCAUGUCUAUUCCCUCAGAAAAAAGACCAUCAAUGCAGACAAAUAUGAGUUUAGUCAAGACACUGGAGGAAACCAUCACAAAUACUACCACAGGAAGUCCCCCACAAACUCCUCAGGAAAAGCAGCCGGCUGUAGAAAGCUUUGACACACUGGCACCUUCCCAGGCAUUUAGGCCGUCUGGUAAAGACGAGUUUGUCAGCCUGGGUCUGAGGAUGUUCAAGUCAGAGUCCAUGUUCCACAACCAGUCCUCUGUGGAGACACUCUACGUCUCACCCUCAUUCAAAACUGUCAGCCCAGAGAAGGAGACCAGAGCCAGUGAGGACGUCCAGACCCCUGUGCAGUCCAGAAUCUGCUGGAUGGAAGAAGAUGUGAGCCUCAAGCCCUUAGCCAUGCGGGUCUCCACUGCCUCUGAGGUCACAUCUUCAUUUUCUACUUUGUCUGUGUCGUCUCCUGACUCGGCCCAUCCAGAGAAAUCAGCCCAUCACUUUCCCCUGGUUUUCACCAGCCCUUCCUUCUGGAUUCAGCCCCAUCCACAGACAUCGUCUGCCCCCUUCACACACAAAGAUGAGGCAGCCAGGGUUCGCCACCCCUUUGCUCCCAGGGGUACAGCAUCUUCAGAUGACGAAGAACACCCCAGUGGCCAAGAUAACUCCGACUCAACUACGGAGAAGCCAGCUCACACUCCUAGCAGUAAUCAGGUAGCAUUUCCCUCCCCAGCUAGAACCUGCCUCCCCUCGGUUAGCCUGUCCCAGGCUAGUUUUCAGACAAGCGAAGGCUUGCCCCGAGAACCCCCCGAGUCGAGCUCUCUCCGUGGGCUUCUAGGCGAGGUGAGGGGCGCUGUGCUCAGACUCCAUGAGGACCUGAGCCUGGUGAUCCAGGAACUUGGUGUCAUCAACAGUCACCUAGGCAACCUGAGUGGCAGCAGCCAAGCAGCCAGCGAGACUCUGCAGGACCCCCAGUCUUCCAUGGGGAGCUCAGAUCCUAUCUAGUGGCAUAGCCAUUUUUCUGGAACACAAUGGUUCCACUGCCCACAGACCUGGAGGUUCAACACUUCAGAGGUGCUCACUGCUGUGGAGACAGAAAGGCAGUGACUUAAUUUUUCAUUUUCAAGUUUACUAGCGCAUCUUUCAAACUGACAAAGUCAUUUGGGUGCUGUGCUUUUUUUUUUUUUUUUAAGAGGAAGAAGUCACUUUUGAUCAUUUCAGGUUUAGAUAGUAGUUCCUUUGAAACUGAGGAGUAUUUCUCUCAUUUUUUUGCAUUUCAGUACCUUAUCCCUAGAGGGGUGAGCCUUAGUGAGAGUUGUGGGAGCCUUUAAAGUGCAAAUAGCUGUCUGAGGGCUUUUGAGUAAGCAAGGGAGUCAGGGGAAACCCUGGGUGCCCCCACCCCAGGGCUGCUAACAGGCCUCUGCCUGAUCACAUGCUCUUUCAAGCUGAGGUCCACAGAUCAGGAACCAGAAGCCUCUCUGCUGCCACAGGGUCAGGAGUGAAGAGGAGGGAGGCAGGAUGUGGAGCACAUGUUUUUAUAUUGAUUUUUUCAGAGAAUUCAGGUGCAUUCC